AUGAUGCAUUUCUUGCUUGUCUGAUCCGUCUUUGCUAAGGCUUAUUUUAUCUAUCACUCAUUUCAUAAUUGGCAUCAACGGAAUAUUUCUUUGAAUGAUGCCGGUGCUACAGAUGAUCAUAAUGAGACUACUCAAAAUGGCUGGGUCUCCUACACACCAGCUAUCUCACUAGCAAGCGACGUUGCCCAUCAAAAUACACAUUUUCAAAGUCCUGCUGACGUCUCCAGCUCUUAUCGAUUGGGAAUUUGCCCGCCUGCGCGAUUUUUUCAGAUUAUUAUUGAUUGGAACUCUCUACUUCUUGGCCAUCUGAACCGUACUCGAGCAAUUUGGACCCUUCUAUUUUUCUCGCUAACUACCUUUGUUCUCAGCAAUAUUCUUAGACGAAAAAAACUUAAAAAGCAACAUUCUGACCAAUCUAGCUGGUGGAGGAGUUCAUUUGGUCCAAACGACUUGUCACUCUGGAGAAGUUUAUCGCUUCGGACUGCUAACUUCAUCUCAGCUAUUUCUGAUCAUCUGCCGUCCACAAAUUCAAGAGACCCUUUGCGACCCGAAUCGACUGGUCAUGUACUCUUGCCUCGUAUUGCUCCAUCUAUGCUAGGACUAGGUCGAAACCAGGAUAUCAUAGCUUCACAACCACUUACUACAACAACCGGUGUCUCUUCAGAGGGUGAGGCCGACUACUCGGCCUUGCAGUCUCACCAGGUUCUUCAACUCCGCUUAAGGCUCCUUCGGCGCUAUGCACAGCAACAUCAAGCUUACUCAGCAGCCGAGUCUAUGUCUUCUCUCCCGUUUCCCCGAUACCAGGGGCCGACUCCAGGUGACAGUGCAUUACCUGUCCAAGAUCUUCAUUCAUUUCGUUCUUUAGAUCCGAUUCGUGCAGAUAUAUUACCUACUCACACCGCUUGUAUUUAUACUUGGCAGUGUCCCGGCACCGCGAAUUCUGAU